AUGCUGACCUAUUGUGUUUCCAUAUCCGCCGCCAAGGGCUGCGCCGAACGCGCCGACACCGUUGCAUCUGCUAGUCUGGAUCAAGACGCCGGCGGCAUCGGUAGCAGCAAUGGCAUCGCCGAUAAAGACCCCGCCGCCGAUCGUGGCGGUCUUCUUGUAGUCACUGACAAAAAUUCGGUUUAG